GAUUUCACUUGCUUUAGUGGUACACCCUGUUACCCAAAUAUAAAGAUGCAAUUUAAGCAAUGAAAAAGCUCAGUGAAAUUAUUAAAAAAGGUUUAAGUUACUAAAUAUUUUCAAGUUCAAAGUCAAGGUCGGCUCAAAUUGUGCCCCGGUAUAACAAAUUGAUAUUAAAAGACACGACUAUGUUUGUAUACACCAUAUUCCGAAAUUGACUGCAUUGAAAUACUUCGGGAUUGUGUUUAAGUUGUGCAAUAAAAUAUAUAAAAAUUCUUAUAUAUGUACGAACGUACAUACAUAUGUAUUUACAUAUAUGACAACCUCUCAUAAUAUAAACCGAUGGCUGCUACCAUGCGCAUGGCUGCCCGAUAAUAGCAGAAAUGUCAGUGCUGAAAGGAUAAUAUUAAUUCUACGACUAUUUUCUUUUUCGCUGAGUAAAAAAUUCUUUCGCUUUAGCCACUUCAUCACUCAACCCAUGCUAUUAAGAUUAAACUUAAUCAGUGAAAAAAUCCAGUGAAAUUCUGAAAAAGAAGUCAGUGAAUGUUUUCAAAUUCAUAGUCAAAGUCGGUUUAAGUGAAAAUGAUUUUGAAAACUCUACCUUGUGGAUUACAUAUGCCAAAUAUGAGUGUAGUAAAAACCUUCAAAAGUGGGAAUUUAGUUAUCGUGCGUAAAUUCAACAACAAAAAUAUAAUUUACGACAAUGAAUGGGACAGAGUGUGAAAAUAUGGCAGCAUCACUGAGAUGGUCAGAUCCAGCGAAUAUAAUAUCGUUAGCUAUACUUCUAUUUAUCAUACUCUUAGUAAUUUCCGGAAAUUCUUUAGUUAUAGCAGCAGUAUUCUGUUCAAACAAAUUACGUAGCGUUACGAAUUACUUAAUAGUUAAUUUAGCCGUUGCAGACUUGUUGGUAGGGUUAACUGUUCUUCCGUUCUCGGCAAUAUGGGAAGUUUUUGAGAUAUGGAUAUUCGGUGAUGUCUGGUGUCGUAUGUGGCUUGCUGUAGAUGUAUGGAUGUGCACAGCAUCCAUAUUGAACUUAUGCGCAAUAUCUUUAGAUAGAUAUGUAGCCGUUACCCGUCCAGUUGCCUACCCAAGUAUAAUGUCAACAAAACGGGCUAAAUCAUUGAUUGCUGGAGUUUGGGUGCUUUCAUUUGUUAUAUGCUUUCCCCCACUUGUUGGGUGGAAGGAUCAAAAGUCGAUAAUACAGUCAGUGUACACACGAGAAAAUUACACCCGUUUCCAUACUACAACUGUUGUAUCUGUUCAGCGUAGUGUGCAAUUAAAGCAAAUGCAGCAGUUACGAUUCCCACACAAUCGAACGCACAUGUCAUUAGAUGCAACACCUGACAUAUUAAUGUCAGAUACCGAGGGUUUUAAUUACCAAGAUCCAGCGCAAGAAUCUUUAGAGAGUGGAGAAUAUAUUGAGAGAUCAAAAUUCUUCUAUGAAAAGUCAUUUUGUUCCCCAAAGUGUGAAUUGACAAAUGAUCGCGGUUAUGUAUUAUACUCGGCAUUGGGAUCAUUCUACAUCCCGAUGUUUGUGAUGCUCUUUUUUUAUUGGCGCAUAUACAAAGCAGCAGUGAGAACUACACGAGCAAUAAAACAGGGCUUCAAGACUACAAAGGGCAUUAUAUCUGAUGACAAUAUGGAGCCGUUACAGAAGACUUUUAACUAUGCUAUUACUGUAGCCAACACCGAUUUAGGGAUACCCUUGAAAGGGUAUAACGAACAAAUACAAUUUGGCAAUUCUAUAGAAGGACAUGCUAAACUUUGCAAAUUUAUGCAGACUGGCAUAGGUGCUAUUUUUGGGCCUUCUUCACGACAAACAUCAGCGCAUCUCUUAACAGUAUGUGAUGCUAAGGAUGUACCUUAUAUAUAUCCACAUAUGAGUGAGAAUGUGGAGGGAUUCAAUUUAUACCCAAAUCCAAUAGAUUUGGCACGUAUUUUGCACGACAUUAUCAAUUUAUUCGAAUGGACACAUUUUACUUUCCUUUAUGAAUCUUCCGAAUAUUUAAGCAUUUUAAAUGGUUUAAUGCCAUUCUACGGUAGUGACGGACCAAUCAUCAAUGUAUUGCGAUAUGAUCUUAAACUAAGUGGAAAUUUCAAAGCAGUUCUGCGACGUGUACGCAAAUCGGAAGAAGGACAUAUUGUAGUUGUAGGCUCUACACCAUCUGUAGCUGAACUUUUAAAGCAGGCACAGCAAGUUGGAAUAAUGAAUGAUAAAUAUUCCUAUAUUAUUGGUAAUCUCGACUUACAAACUUUUGAUCUGGAAGAAUAUAAAUACAGUGAGGCGAAUAUAACCGGAUUUCGAAUGUUUUCUCCAACUCAGGCCAUCGUUCAAGAAUUAAUAUCACAAUUGGAAAUGGAUUACAAUGAAAACAAUAAUAACCAAAUAGCCAAUGGUUCCUGUCCAAUAACUCUGGAAAUGGCAUUAACUUAUGAUGCCGUGCAAGUUUUUGCCGAAUCUACAAAAAAUUUAGUAUAUCGUCCACAAGCUUUGAACUGUUCCGAACAAAGCAACCAAGUGCAGGCUGAUGGAUCAACAUUUAAAAACUACAUGCGUUCGAUUAACAUGCAGGAAAAAACCAUAACUGGGCCUAUAUACUUUGAUGGAAACAUACGAAAAGGUUAUAGCCUAGAUAUUGUAGAGCUGCAAACUAGUGGACUUGUGAAGAUUGGCACUUGGGAUGAACGUAAUAACUUAACAAUUCAACGUCCACCUCAAUCGGAGCUAUGGAGUGAGGUUGAUGCCAAUUCUUUGGUGAACAAAACAUUUCGUGUUCUUAUUUCAGUGCCAAACAAACCGUACGCCAGUUUAGUGGAGAGUCAUAAGAAAUUGGUCGGAAACAACCAGUAUGAAGGAUAUAGCAUAGACCUAAUAAAGGAGUUAGCUGCAAAAUUAGGUUUCAAUUAUACAUUUAUAGAUGGUGGCAGUGAUUAUGGCAGCUUUAAUAAAACAACAAAUAAGACUACAGGAAUGAUGAAAGAGAUAAAUGAAGGCAGAGCAGAUUUGGCAAUUACUGAUUUGACAAUUACAUCGGAACGCGAAGAAAUAAUAGAUUUCUCUAUUCCAUUCAUGAAUUUAGGCAUUGCUAUUUUGUUUACUCAACCACAAAAAUCGCCCGCUAACAAUUUUUCAUUCAUGGAUCCUUUCUCUAGACAAGUUUGGAUUUAUUUGGGCCUCGUCUAUAUUGGUGUAUCGUUUUGUUUUUUCAUAUUGGGGCGAUUAUCGCCAACAGAAUGGGACAAUCCAUAUCCAUGUAUUGAAGAACCUGAAGAACUGGAAAAUCAAUUUACAUUAAAUAACUCCUUUUGGUUUACAACAGGGGCAUUUUUACAGCAAGGUUCUGAGAUAGCACCAAAGUCUCUUUCUACCCGCACUCUUGCAUCUAUUUGGUGGUUCUUCACCCUGAUAAUACUAUCUUCAUAUACUGCCAAUUUGGCAGCUUUUUUAACUAUCGAAAAACCUGUUGGACUUAUAAAUAAUGUCAAUGAAUUAGCUAGUGAUACAAGAGUAAAAUAUGGUGCUAAAAAGACUGGUUCUACGCGAAGUUUCUUUUCAACCUCUGAGCAUGAAACAUAUAAGAAGAUGAAUGAUUUUAUGGUCGAAAACCCGGAUUUACUUUUCGAGACAAACCUUGAAGGAGUAAAUCGCGUGAAAACCGAUAACAAUUAUGCUUUCUUAAUGGAAUCCACAUCGAUUGAGUACCACAUUGUGCGCGAAUGUAAUUUAAAGAAAGUUGGCGAACCACUCGAUGAAAAGGGAUAUGGAAUCGCAAUGGUAAAAAAUUGGCCAUACCGCGACAAAUUUAACAACGCGUUGUUAGAACUUCAGGAACAAGGCGUUUUGGCGCGACUCAAAAACAAAUGGUGGAACGAAGUUGGUGCUGGUGUUUGUAAAAAAAAAUCUGACAGCAGUGAAGUAAAUCCCCUGGAUUUAAAGAGCUUGGGUGGUGUAUAUCUAGUGCUUGGAGUCGGCAGCGGACUAUCUCUAAUAUAUAGUUUAAUUAUGUGGUGCAUAUAUGUGGCAAGGAAAUCCAACUAUUAUGAGGUACCCUUCGGUGACGCAUUUUUGGAAGAACUACGUAUUGCAAUUGAUGUUGCGAAUAAGGAACGCAUACUGAAGAGCGCACAAUCCGUAUACUCCCGAAGUCGAAACUCGCUUGUUUCAAUCGAUUCAAUAGACACUGAUUCUGAAAUUGAAAACAGUUCAAAAAUUGAUAGAGAAUCGGAGAAAACCAUUUAGGUCCCAUUUUUUCUAAUUUGUGUGAACUUCUAACCAUCAUUAUUGCAAUUUCAUAUUUAACACUAUGUAAUGUUUAUAUACUUUAACAGCAAGUUUAAAAUAUUAUAUAUUCCAAAUGUUGCAAUUAUAUAAAAUA